GAUGCUGCUGCUACCUGAGCCUGUGAGCUGGCCCUCUUAUCAGUAGGUGCUGUGCAGACAGACAGAAAGAGGGGGAGGGAGAGCUUCCAGGAAAAGGAGGAACUCUGUGAUUCAGCACAGGAGGAAAGUACUGUGUAGUCGCCUGUUGCUGGAGGGCAGACCAGCCCCUCACUGCUGCAAGUGAGAUCCAGUAUUGCAAUCAGUGUCCUAUGCUCUGCUUUCAGACAUGUGUCAUUUUUGCAUUUAUGGACUGGGAGAUCAAGUGCACAUCCUGAGCUAGCUUGGUCCAAGCUGCCAUGUGCCUGCGAUACAGCUGUUCAUUGUCACUGGUGUUUUUGACAGCUGAAGCCAUCUGAAAACCAAUUUUUACAGCUAUAUAUUUAUAUUUUUCUUUGUGUUGUGGAUUUGAUUGUUAGUGGCUGAGAUCCCAGCUGUGGUGUUAUCAUCUCUCACAGGCUGGCUAUUCACCUGUGACCUGACAAUAUAUCUCUGUGCGCAGAGACUUGCUGCAGAUGCGUUGGCAUACCCUCCAACUGUACCUUUUUGGCAGGUUGGCACCAUGAUGUGGACAGGGUGCCUCUUGCUGUUUCAGGCAAUUGCAGCCACCAUUGGGCGUGUUCUCGAACCCCAGAAACUUUCCGCACUUCGUGGACCAGGGAAAGAAGUGUUCCUCAGCAAUGAAGACGCAAAUGCCUUCUUUUCCCGCAAGCUGCUGUACAACAGCUGGGACUUUGAGCUGUUUACCCCGGGUAACCUAGAGCGGGAAUGUUACGAGGAGGUGUGCAACUACGAGGAAGCAAGGGAAUGCUUUGAAGAUGACAAGAAAACAAAAGACUUUUGGAAAACUUACAUACACAAUGGGCAAGGAGGCACAUCAGGAAACUCCCCUGCUGUGGAUGUGGCCGGGCUGGUGGCUGGACUGGUAGCAGGGUUUAUAUUACUAGUGAUGAUGGGUGUUCUCAUCAUGUACUGUGUGAAAUACAAGGCCAAGGAGAGCAGAAGGCAUGGGAGGUCACCAGUGAACCUUACCAGUAAUGUGCCACUUCCUGAAGACCUGCCUCUGACAGAGCCACCGUUUCCUGGACCUACAGCUCCUGGCCUCCCAUCAUAUGAUGAGGCAUUGGAGGCCUCAGGUACCUAUGAUGCACCCCCUCCACCUUAUCACAGAGGUUCCACCAGAACAACCCCACCCAGCUGAAGUUAAAGGGUCUGAGUGGACUAAUGUGGGUGCUUCUGUAGGGCCAGCGUGUAACUUGUGCGUGAGAGGGGGACAAAUGCUCUGGAACAAAGUAUUUUGUCUAUGGAUUUUAAAAAUAUUGCCGUCACCAAAGAGCAGACCACUGAACCAGCAUUGUGACUUGUAUUAAUGUUUACGCUCUACUGGAAGAAAUAGAUUUUGGCCCAGUUUCCAGGACACAGACUCAGUAGCUGAAGUUGCUCAUUUUCGGUUACAACUUGACCGUUAUCUAUUGCACAAAUAGAGUGCUGCUCUAGGAUGCCGGUUUACUAAAAGACAUGGAUUCAUGAAAAGCUCUGUCUUUCUGGCUUGGAGUAUACCAUGUUGAACAUUAAUUUCAGGGAUAUUCAGUGAGCAGGGUCUCUUCAUUAGGUUUGAUAAAAGAUAGAGAAUAUUAAAUGUUCUGGUUGGAGUCGGAAGCCAGUUAAUGCCUAGUUUCUUAUGUACUUACUGUAGAUUGGUUUAGUUCAGCUCCGCUGAAUAUUUUUAAUGUAAUUGCUUGGACAACACAACAUCCAGCCAUUCUAUAAACUGCAGAGGAAAUUCAUUCAAUCUGUCACAAUGCUACUCCACAAAUCAUUCUGCAUGCCCAGAAUCCCCGGCUCCACUGCUCUAAGGCCUUCAAGUUUACAUCUCAAGCAGCCUUUUACUGCCCAUGUCAAAAUGAGGCGGCUUAACGAUCAGCCUUCUAUAUAAAGCAGGGGAUUUGCAGGUUUCUGAAUUCCUAUUGCAGACUUAUGUGUGCUGUGCAGUCCAAUUGGCAUUGAGCUGAUACACAAGGCUGCAUCGCAGUGUUAUCGCCAGGUGGUCAUUUUAACUCAAUAUAUGUAGUAAUGCAGCCGGCACCCUGAAGAUGAAUUUACUCAUUUGUUAUCUUCAAAGAGAGAAAAUGUCUUGGUUACUGUGAAAUGUGCAAAUUUUUCCCCCCAAUGUUUUUAGUAAUGAAAAAGAGGUUUUCCCCAAAAUGUGUACUUUAUUCCAUUCGUGUAAAAUAGAAAUUGUUAAAGUGUACCCGUCUGCAACGCAUGCAGGGGCAGCCAGUUUACGGGAUAAUGCCAUGUUCAUGUACAGUCAACAUACUCAUACAAUACUGAGGUACAGGACACAAAAUGGCUGCCUCCACACUGUGUAGGAGAUGGGCCAAAGCAACUAGUGGUCAGACGGAACAUGACAAUGUUUCAGCUUGUUUUACUGGAUGGUGUCCAUCUACACAUUGCUUUGUUAUCCAAGCAUUGUUAUGUAUUUUGUCUGUCUGUUUUUUUUGUGUGGGGAGAGGGAAUGUUAAUAGACAGUGUGAUAUAAUGGACUUUUUAUGUUGUUGUGUUUUGUGUUUUUUUCUUUGUAAAUUAGAAAUACAUUUCACUGAUUUGAUGCCUUAACUAAAUUUGUAUUUUUAAAUAAAGACGAUUUGUUAAUAAUGUUG